GGUUGAGAUAGAGAGGAAGUAGGGAAGAGCAUAGAGAGAAAGAGAGAAAGAUAGAAAAGGAAAAGAGUGAUCUGAAGAGAAGUUGCUUUUAGCGGUGUGGGAGUCACGAGAGCAGCGAGGAAGUCACAAGAGUCACAAGAAAAGGGAGAAGCGUUGAAGGGAGAAAGAAUGGAGACAGAUAGUGGGAGGCUGAGCAGGAAGAAAAGUGGUGGAAACGGACAGGUUCUAGACGGUUCCAAUAUUAUGGAGUUGGUUGGAAACGACCAGGUUUUCACCACCUUCGUCGACAAUAAGUUCCACGAGUUAGACACAGACAGAGAUGGCAAACUCUCUGUGAAAGAGCUCCAACCUGCUGUUGCUGACAUAGGUGCUGCUCUCGGCCUUCCUCCUCACGGCACCAAUCCUGAUUCUGAUCACAUCUAUUCCGAGGUGUUGAAUGAAUUCACUCAUGGGAAGCAGGAAAAAGUGAGCAAAACUGAGUUCAAAGAGGUUCUCUCUGAUAUUCUCUUGGGUAUGGCUGCUGGACUGAAGCGUGACCCAAUUGUGAUACUUCGCAUUGAUGGAGAAGAUCUUCUGGAAUUUGUUAAUGGUUCGGCUUAUGAAGCAGAAAUGGCGUUUAUAUUCUCUCAUAUUGAAUCCCCUGACAGAUCACUGCAUGACCAUAUAAUUGAAGCUCUUGGCAAGCUCACUGUGGAACAAGGAAUUCCUCCUACAGCAGAUUCUUGGGUUUUAAGCAACAUUGUAGAACCGGCACUGCUAUCUCUAGAUAGAUCUGGUUUGGACAAGCCUGUUUCUCAGGAGACAUUUUUGGAGGAAUUUAAGGUAGUGGCAUUGGCUGUGGCGAAUCGUCUUAAGGAGCAACCAGUCAUAGUUGCUCACAGUGAGAACAUCUUUGAUGGAAGUGGUGUUAAGAGACUACUAUCCAACAAGUUUGAAUUAGACAAGACUUUGAACUCAGCUUUAGAGACUUUGCCUAAAGAUCGAAAUGGAAAGAUGUCAAAAGAGUAUCUACGAGUGGCACUGGACGCGCUGGCUCCAUCUGCUGGUUUACCUCCCCUUGGUGCCAUUGAAGAGAUGGAUAAGGUUAUUGAUGAAGUGUUUAAGAUGGUGAAUGCAGAUGAAGCGAAGAUGGUGAAAGAAGAGGAGUUCAAGAAAGUUUUAACUGAAAUACUGGGGAGCAUUAUGUUGCAGUUGGAGGGAAGUCCCAUAUCGGUUUCUUCAAAUUCAGUAGUGCACGAGCCUCUAGACUCAUCUUCUACACUUCUUCAGCCAUCCUCUAGUGAAACUGCACCCUAGCUAUUAUGCAGGCCAAGAAAGGCCCGACCCAGAAAAUCCAAUGCCCAUUCCAUAGUGAGCCUCCGUGAAGUAACGCCGAGCCCAAACAUCUUGCCGGGUUGAGGCCCGCACCUGCAUAACCAGGCCUCCUUGUUACAGUUAACGACAGAAAAACUGCGAGUGCGAGGGAUGCUGCUACCACGAAACACACCAUUGGAAAGCCCAAUUCCUUGCUCCUUUUCUUAUCAAAUGCCAGCGUGAUACCGACAAAGAGUACCAGAAGUGUGCAAGAGAAUUCCAACAACAAAACAUCCUGCAGGUUUAUGGAAGAACCUUGUCCUUUGUCACCAAUCGCACAACCUCCCAAAGAAUAAGUGUGUGCUAAUUUUGGCUCCAUCACACUCUUGAGUACAAAGAAUCCAAUUAUUGAGCCAAUGCACUGUGCCAGGACGUAAAGGAGAGCACGAGAAAGGGUGACAAUACCCUUUAGAGCCGCAACGAAUGUGAAAAUAGGGUUCAUAUGACCCCCGGAUAGAGGAACUAUCACAAUUAAAAACAAGAACACUAUGAUGAACACUGCAAAGGGAAUAAGAAGCUUGGGAUUGGACUCGUGUGAUUCCAAACAUGCAACAGUGCAACUCGUUAGGGUGAACAUCAGUGCACCAGUUGCAAUUAACUCUACCAAAGCUGCUUUCCACGUC